ACAAGAAAUUUGUGGGAUUUUCAUUGAGCAGAGGAUAAACCCAUAAAACACGUGGCGAGCCGUAAGGGCACGGAUGAAACAGCCACUGCUGACCCCAAAAGCCCUCUUUCUUGUUUUUUACUCUCACAAGCACUGAAGCAGUGUGUGCUCGUUGCCGUCGUAUAUCCCUACUCGAAGAAUAUGAAUCAGUCGAUGAAUGUGCGGAUUCAAGCUCCUUACCCCUCGUUAUUACGACCGAGGGCGAAACUUUCCUCUUCGGGGAUUUGUCCUUGCAUAAGGGUACAGUCAGAGUCUAUUUCAUUUGCUACUCUGUUCAAAACAUCCCCAGCUGCAAGAUGCACCUUAGGGUUGUCCAAGAUUCAAUCGACAAAGAAAUCACGCCAGCAUUCCUCACAGUUGGGUGCACUUGUUGCCUCUGAAGCUCAAGAAGUUUCAACCACUGCAAAUGUUGGUAAUGAGAAAGUGGGAGUGUUGUUGCUGAACCUUGGAGGUCCCGAGACUUUAGAUGACGUGCAGCCGUUCUUGUUUAAUCUGUUUGCCGAUCCAGAUAUUAUUCGCCUACCGAGAUUGUUUCGCUUUCUUCAAAAGCCUCUAGCGAAAUUCAUAUCUGUUGUUCGAUCACCGAAGAGUAAAGAAGGAUAUGCUUCAAUAGGUGGUGGCUCUCCUCUCCGGCGCAUUACUGAUGCUCAGGCCGAGAUGUUAAGAAAGGCACUGUAUGAGAAGAAUGUUCCGGCAAAGGUGUAUGUUGGUAUGCGCUACUGGCAUCCAUUUACGGAAGAAGCUAUUGAACAGAUAAAACGAGACGGAAUUACAAAGCUUGUCGUGCUUCCCCUCUAUCCCCAGUUUUCAAUUUCGACAAGUGGUUCAAGCCUUCGCCUACUGGAGAGCAUUUUCAGGGAGGAUGAGUAUCUUGUCAACAUGCAGCACACCGUAAUUCCUUCCUGGUAUCAACGGGAAGGGUAUAUAAAGUCCAUGGCAGAUUUAAUCGGAAAGGAGUUGGAAAAAUUUGACCAUCCUGAGGAGGUGAUGAUUUUCUUUAGUGCUCAUGGAGUGCCGCUUGCAUAUGUCGAGGAAGCGGGCGAUCCGUACAAAGCUGAAAUGGAGGAGUGCGUGGACUUGAUCAUGGAAGAACUCGAAAAAAGAGGGAUCAAUAAUCCAUAUACCCUCGCUUAUCAGAGUAGAGUUGGACCUGUAGAAUGGUUGAAACCCUACACAGACGAGACGAUAAUCGAACUCGGACAGAAAGGAGUGAAAAAACUUCUGGCUGUACCAAUCAGUUUUGUCAGCGAACACAUUGAAACAUUAGAGGAAAUUGACGUCGAGUACAAGGAACUGGCCCUCGAAUCCGGGAUAGAGCAAUGGGGGCGUGUUCCCGCGCUUGGUUGCGAACCGACAUUUAUAUCCGAUUUAGCUGAUGCAGUAAUCGAAAGCCUUCCGUACGUCGGAGCAAUGGCUGUGUCGAACCUCGAAGCACGACAGUCGUUGGUUCCGCUCGGCAGCGUUGAAGAGCUUCUCGCGGCGUACGAUUCCCAGCGCCGGGAGCUGCCGCCGCCUGUGGUUGUUUGGGAGUGGGGGUGGACUCGGAGCGCGGAAACGUGGAACGGGAGGGCGGCGAUGCUGGCGGUGGUGGUUCUGCUGGUGCUUGAAGUGACGACGGGGGAAGGGUUUCUACAUCAGUGGGGUAUAUUGCCGUUGUUCCGAUGACACGGCGGCGCUCUCGCCGGCGUCUGUACAUACAAAUUUAUUAAUACCGAUCAAUCUCUGGCUAUGGUAAAAAUACUUUACUGAAAGAUGAACAGAUACAUACAGAGGGGGAGGAAGACGAUGAGACAAAUCAGACGAGGUCUACGUGGCACAAUGAUUACUUGACACGUGGCAGAAAUGCUGAUGGUUCUGAAGUGCUGUGAAUUACGACAUGGUUCUGUUGGGAAGAAAGGUUUUUGGGGAAGGGUAAGAAGUGGGAGAUCAUAAGGAUUUUAAAUAUCUUAUAUAAUAUGGAAAAGAUUAUCUUAUUAUUGGGAGAUUAUAUAUAUAUAUAUAUUAUAUGUAUACUCUGGUAAUGCUUUUUAAGGUUUAGAUUUAUGUUUGCCAUUUUCAA